AUGAAGAUUAGUAUGCUCAAGAAGAUAUUGACUUUCAAACUCUUACAGACUCUGGUAAGUGUAGAUGAAGACCAGACUUAUAAAGACUUCUACACACAGCUCCGGACAUUGAAUGAUCAUCUUAUCAAGCUCAAGAGUAUACAGAACAGUGAUAGAAGAUGUUACACUUCAGUGACUUAUACACCUGUGCUGAAGAACAGCAAUGAUGCAGAUGUCAUGAACUGA